AUGCCCUCGAGUGACCGCGAGGCGGAGGCCUCCCGUCUCGUCCCGUCGCCCCCCAGCGAACCCUCAGAAGAAAGCAGUUUUGCCGGCGGCAGACCAUCCGCGCACGAGCCGGCAGACGAGCCGGCAGACGCGAUGGAGGACGGCAGCAGUCUGCUGCGCAGCGACGGGGAAUCGGCGGGAAGCGCAGAUGGCGCGCGUGGCGGAGGCGCAUCCUCCUCCUCCUCGUCCUCGUCCUCCGCGCUCCCCGCGUCGUCGAGUCGCGCGCGGCGCCCCAUGCAGAAUCUUUCUUCACCGACGAACAAACCUCAAUCUUUUUCCCAUCCCCUUCCUCUGGCCCCUUUUUCCCCCCGCCCCUUCCCCCUUCCCACCACCGCUUUCCCCGUCCCGUCCACCUUCUCUUCUCCUCUUAUUGUCUCCGCCCCUUCUCGCCGCGCGCGUCGCGUGCUUAUCCCUGCAGGCAGCGGAGUGUCGGGGCUAGCAGCGGCGUGGGGGGAGGAGGAGGGGGUGCUGCGCGCGGCGGAUGAGGGCGCGGGGAGCGCGGAGAGCGCGGGGGGGCGGUGUGCGGUGUACACGUUCUUUGACCUGAACAGCGUGCAGGGGAAGCUGGAGGACGAAGAGAAGCUGGUGACGUCAUGGCAGCUGAGCUGGCAGCGGGCAGGGUGGGCGCCGCAGGUGCUGCAGAAGAAGCAUGCGGGGCGGCACCCGCUCUUCCCCAACCUGCAGCAGCGCGCCAAGGCUGGCAACUGGGAGUUCAUGCGGUGGCUCGCUGUGGCAGUGUCGGGGGGAGGUCUGUACGCACACUACAAACCGUUAUCAACCUCGGCGUGCCGCCACCGCCCCUCUGCUUCCACUCCACACUCACCGCCUUUGGGCCGCGCGGGAGCUCCCGGUGCCACGUGGCAUCGUGCAAGUGGGCCAGAGCACAGCAAGGUCACUGCUUGUGCCGGGCCGGCUCAAGAAGCAACCCUGGCAGCAGGCCACAUCGCUCCUCUGCAGCGCCUUCGCCCAGACCACAGAGUUCCAAGCCACACACUCCCGGGGAUCCGGUCCCGCUCGCUCACCUACUUCCUUCUCCCGCACCACGCAGCGCUCUACUUCGCAGCAGACUACGAGAAGUACCACAUAGAUCCCACCACGGGCGCGCCGCAGUGGAUGCGCGACAGCUACGGCGCAGGCAAUGUGCCUACCGGGCUGACAUACAGCGAGUUUCUUAUUAUUCUCACCAAUGCGCUCAUGGGAAAGAACCCUGACAAGGAGAGUGACCCGCAUCUGGAUGAUAGGUUGUCAAGGGGCCUGGCGUCGGUGCUGCGUGUGGGCAUGGAGGAGGUGGCUCAAGUGCCCCUCUCGCCCUCCUCCCUCCCCGCCGACCUCAUCUCGUUCGGUCGUUUCGACGAGCCGCACCUCUCCAUCCCCGUAUUAGAGCUCUCCUUAGGCUUCCUCCUAGAGGACCGGCCGCGAGAAGAGCUGGAGGAGGCGAUAGGGCGCGUGUGGGAGAGCGUGGGGCACUUUGUGGGGGCGGUGCACGGGGAGGCGAAGGAGGAGAUGGAGCGGCACAGCCGCGUGGACGAGAGGGUUCUGGCCGUGGUGGAUGGACGGUUCAGACAGGCUGUCAAGGUGGCUCAAGCACUGGACGUGGCACAGGUGCAUGGGGAGGCAAAGGAGGAGAUGGAGCGGCACAGCCGCGUGGACGAGAGGGUUCUGGCCGUGGUGGAUGGACGGUUCAGACAGGCUGUCAAGGUGGCUCAGGCACUGGACGUGUGA